GUCUAAAAGGAUCCCAUGCAGACGCGCCUUAAUCCACAAAUCCUUGUGGAUUUGUUCAAGAGGAGAUUGAAGGCAAGAGAUGGCGCUAGUGAGGCGGCUGGCGUCUUAAGUGGCCUUGAGACGUCUCCAGUCAUGCAGGUGUCACAGGUGAACCAAAUGCCCUAUGAAGACUUCAUUGAGGUGUUCGGCAAUGUGAUUGAGCACUCUUCCCUGUGUGCUGCGGCUGUGUGGAAAUAUAGACCUUUCAGGGACGUGAGACACUUGCAUGAGGAGAUCUGCGGGUUUGUUGAUGAACUUCCUGUAGCAGGCCGUGAGGGCAUCCUGCGCCUCCACCCGGAUCUGGCCGGCCAGAUGGCCAGGGAGGACCAGCUAACGCUGGAGUCUCUGAAGGAGCAGGAGGCUGCAGGAAUGAGCGAUCUCACGCUGGAAGAGAGUGUCAGCCUGGCUUCCAUGAACCGGAGUUACCGGGAGAAGUUCGGCUUCCCUUUCGUGAUCUGCGCCCGGAGGAACAAGAAGGAAGCCAUCCUGGAGGGCAUCAGGACACGCCUCAACAACUCAGUCGAGGCGGAGGUGGAGAAGGGCAUCACGGAGGUGAAGAAGAUCUGCUAUCUGCGCCUUCUGGACCUGGUGGAGCACGAAGGAGUGGAGAGCAGACUGUGAUGGUCCUGUUGAACAGUCUGCUGAUUGAGACGCCGUCAAUCUCAGCAGCAUACUUCGAAUUUAGACCACGGGCGUCACCUACAACUUCAUUACUUUGUAAGAAGUAGAUAUGGCUUCAGGUUUUGUAGGUCGGCGUUCGAUUCCCGCUGGUCCCAGUGGUUGGGCACUUUUCCUUCCCUCCGUGCUAUCCCAGCUCCUUGUCCUCAUAUCACUUAGUCACUUUCUCUUUAUAUGUUUCUCCUUCCUUUGUAACAAUUUUAUAUUGCGGUAGAAGGAAAUUUAACACACAUAUAUAUAUAAAAGCUGGGAUAUGAGGCCGGAGUGAAAGAACCAUGUUCAUCCACAUCGGGGAUCGAACGCCGACCACCAAGAAGCGAGACCAUUGCUAUACUCAUCAGUCCAAUUAGACGUGUUCUUAAAAAGAAGAGUUCAAGCACAAAGUCAAUCUUACUUCAUUGGUUUAUAAUCUAUCAUCUUCUGGAGGGUUAUUAAGGCCACCACAAUAGCUUACCGAAUUACCCUUAAUAUCUCUCGGUUAUGAGCCGAAAACGUAGACCACUGUGCUACAGGCGGAAGCAGCAGAAUUAGCCCAUGGAAAGCAACUCCAAUGGACAUGAUCAACCUCCGCUUGUAACAAUGCAGGAGUUCCAAGUGUGUUGAGUUACCCGGUUAUCAGUCCGUCAAUCAGCCAGUCUGUUCUCUAGUUUAGCUACAACGUACAAAAUUCAAUGUCUUAACCUAACCGGAAACGCACGAAGCCUAGCAACCCACCUAACCAAAUGGUACAAAGAAAACGUAGGAUUUCUGUGAAUGCUACUUCUCAUAAUACAUUGCAUUUGGUAGGUUGGUUGCCAUGACGUGCCAUAAGGUUUAAGUAAGGUCUACUUUGAUUUAUUUUUUCUCAAUUUUUUUUGGUGCAACAUUUUUUGGCUUCUUUGCAACCUUUUAUGGUUUGUUUGCAACAUUUUUCCCCUUAAAGGUGCAAUCUUUUUCGCUUUAUUUGCAACUUUCUAUUUUAAACGUAUAUUCUAUGCUUUGCAACAUUUUCUCUUAAUAAGCAUUAAAUAAAACUAAUAUUAAAGUCUAGGAUAAAGAGACAAUGGCUUGUUACAACAACUUUAUUAUUAAAGCCUAAAUAGGGGUAAUAAAAGUAAUGACCAUAGAUAAACGACAGAGCACAAUCCAAUUAUUUCUGCUCAAGGAUUGAGUGAUGACCUCAUGGUUGUUAAAUACAUAUUAUAUAUUGUAUGCAUACAAUAAUACAAUACAGUAGAUAACAGCAUUUCAUAAUUGGCGCCAUCUAUGUUAUUGUGGAUUCACAAUUUUAUAUUGUUGAUAUAUAUAAUGUAGCUCCUGCACUUCUUUCUUUGUUGUUCUUAGUGUCCGAGUCAUUGAAGUUGGAAUUAAUAUUAAAGCUUUGAUUUAUUUUUAAUGUCAUUAUAUUACGAGUACAAAGAUAGUUGUAUUGCAGAUGUUAAAGUAAUUGUUUGUUUUAUUCUAUUAAAUUAACUUUGGCUUCGUU